CACACAUUGUAAAUACCACGUGGCUGACAAAAAACAUGAAUGAAUAAGUUUAUGAAUGAAAUGACAUGGUUGGCGAGCCGGGGUUUAACGGAGUGGUGAACGUCCAAACUUUGAUUUUGGAGAAUUACUAUAUGAACUAAAAUGUCUGAAUAUUGUUACUUGGCAUGUUCAAAAGCUGAAAUUUUACUGGCUGAAGGGAUUAAGGAGCGCCUAUACUCUGGACACUAUGACAUCAUCAUUUCAUCCGCGACCGAUGAUUACAUUUCAUAUCAGACUCGGAGAACUCAGAUUCUCGACUGUAAAGUGUUUAUAGCCAUUAUAACACCUGAGUUCGUUAAAUGUGACAUAUAUUUGUACGAACUUUCACUUGCAUUGGAUCUGAAGAGAAAAAUCAUCGUGAUACAACAUGACACAGUUCAAGAACUUCCCGCGCCAUUUCCAAACUUACGAUCUGUAAGAUGGUGCAAAGAAUCAGAUUUUUUGGCAGAAAAGGUUUAUAAAAUUCUUGAGGAUCAAAACAGAGAGUUCCUUUUGGAAGACUGCUUUUUUGACAAUGACGCCUUAAAACGGUUUAUCUGGAAGUUCGAGGAAACGAAAAUCGGGGAGCAGCUCUCUCAACACGUGACAUCAGGAGAAUAUGUUUCAUCAGAACUUCAACUUCGAGACAUUCAAACAACCCUUAUCACACUAUGUGAGGGCAUCAACAAAAUUCAAGAAACAUCCCAACCUAGGAGAAAGGUCAGCCGACGACAGUUUCCACGUGACAUCCGGCGCGUGGCACGGCGUUACCAGGAUGUUAUAGCUUAUCCAUUAAUUCGUCAGUUCGGUCGCUAUCUGGAUCUGGAGGAGGACGAACUCGAUGAAGUAGAACAAUUUUCAGAGUAUGGAACAAAAGAGGCAUUUUGGCAGACGAUACGGUUCUGGCUGGAAAAGACAGACUCGUCAGAGCUCACUGUUGGAACAAUCAUAAAAGCAUUGAAGGAAUGUGAUGUGAAUCUCAAAGGAAAACAAAUGUCCAAUGCCCACAGAAAGGUCUUGAAAUCAAAGUUAGCCUGUUUAGUUGAAAACAUCCAGACCGAACCAUUGAUUCCUUCGUUAAUGUCAUGCAAUGUUCUCUGUGACGUGACAAAAGCGUACGUUACGGCGCCAAAAACAAGGGAUCAGCGGAUCAAUAGACUUGUCGAUGUCCUGAUGACCAAAGAGAAGGGGCUCCUUGUUUUCUGUGAAGUCUUACGGACAACAGGAUAUCAAUUUGUAGCUGAUGAAAUUCUAGCUGGUGUUGAACACGACCCGAUUGUGGGGAAACCAGUAGCGGUCCUGCGACCUCGCAGCAUGUCGUCUGCAACAGCUUCUGACCCUGAAUUAUACGUUAAACAAAUCAUUGACGAACACCGCCUGUCUAAGGCCAGCAGUACCAGUUCAGUGUUCAGCAGACGAGAUUCAACGUCAUCAACGAAAAUCGCCACCAUAGCACCCAGUGUAAGCAGCGACCAAAGCGUUGAUAAUAUUGAAACAAUCUCAAAAGGCAAAAGUGAAAAAACAAAAACCUCUCGUUCAAAGUAUGAAAGAAAAGUAAACAAUGAUUCCAAUGUUGCCAAUCAAAAAUUUGAAAGGAAAGGAAAAGGGACUUCUUCAUUGAACUGUGUCAACGGUUGCUCGUUAUCGUAAUUUCAUCUUAUUUCUCCAUUUUGUGUUAAAGAUAUUAUCUCCAUUAUUCAUUAUUUCUCAUUUAUUGUACAUAAAACAAAACCAAAGCGUUAGUUGGAGACAAAACCGUUCAUUAUUCUUAAAAUGUUUCAUUUUCAAUAUUAAAGAAUAAAUAGAAAACAUUUUUCUUCAGUUUUCAAACCAAUCUGUACGUAAAAAAUAAUUGAACUUCAUCCUCUCCACAAAAUAUGUUUUCAACAAAAGUGAAUGACCCAUGAUUUCGUAAAAUACAAAUAUAAUGGCACUUUGUGAUAAAACUUUGCAACACCACGACAGUUAGAGGAUUCCUUGUUCAAGCCUUGAUCAAAAGAAUUAAUGGGACAGAAGAGUGAUAUCGAUGUAGGUUUCAAUGAAAAAAUUAUUGACGAGGAGAAUGCUAUAAAAGUUAUUCAAAUGUAUAAAAUCAAAUUCUUAACCGGCAGCCUGCAUUUAAAAUUGAAAAUGUGGUAACGAACAAAAAUACUUUAGAACUGUUACUUGAAUGAGAUAUGUGUCCAAUAUGUGUUUAUAAAGAAGUCUAUAUAUUUUUAAAAAAUCGUUUCUUUACAUAUCGAAGAAAAGGUUUUAAUGGUUAUAUAAUUUUAUGGAUACGUUCAGAGACUAAAAGUACACCCAAAUUAAAUAAAUUAAUUUUUAUAGCCAGAAGACUGCGACAUUCAGAAAGCAAUAAGUAUUUUGCUUUCUUUUGUAGUUCAUGUUUUGACUCACAAGUCAUUAAAAAUUUUGUUAAUCCUAAUCCAGCAACUAAACAAAAAUUUAAACUGAAAGUGAAAUCAGUUACCAGAAGAUCGGACCGAUAUGGAUGUGUCACUUGCUUCUGGUGAAAACAUCCUUUCUAAAGUUGAGUAUGAGAGUGAUUACAUCCCGAGAUAAACAUUUUCACUGAUUCUUAAUUUUGUUUGGCUAUUUUGUGCUAUGAUUUUGGAGAAAUUUGAGUAAAAUGGAAAGCAUCAUUGAUCGAGUUUUGGGUUAUUAAUGAUACUACAACAACAAAAUAUUUUUUUAAAUAAAUGUUUAAAGUUUGGUUUGUAGCGUUUAAAUUAGUUUAUUAUAACGGGCCAUAUGCUAUUCUGAACAUUGUACGAUAUACUAAUACUUUGCAAUCUUUUUCCCUAUUUAAUGAUAAAUGUUCAUGUAGUCUUGUCUUGUUUCAAUAUCUAUAAAACAAAUUUGAACUGUUAACACAUUCAAUAAAACCAAGUAAUUUAAUUCCCCGACUAGGAAUAUUUCAUUUUUUGAUAUAUAAAACGAUGUCAUUCAAAUCAACUCAACUUCCGUAACGAGUGUGCAUAUCAAGGACUGCGUAAAAGGAAAACCCUUGAUGCAGUGAGACCGACAGUGAUCAUGUGAUAAAGGGGAUGUCAAGUGUAUACUGCAUGACACUGGUUGUUACUGCACGUUGUACCAUAUGGAAGGUUCGAGGAGAUUCAAGUGGUAUUUCUUUAAUAGAUAGCCUCCCAGUCAUUGUAAUGUCAGAUUGUUGUUACAUGUCUACACAAACAUAUAUUUUAAUGAUAAAGGAAUCGAAGAACUUUUUCAAAAUAUGUUUGAUUGUUGUGUUCAUUCAAUAAAGUAUGAAUAAGUACUUUUAAUUUUUCAAUGAUCAAUUUCUUUUCCUUCCACUUUUAACGUAGCAUAUAUGAUGGCGUGUUUGUUCUGAAGAUCUUUGUCUAGGCAAUAUUGAUGUUAAGUCCUAUCUGUGCUGAUGUUUCUGCCACUGAGAUAAUUUUUUAUUUUUCAUUUGGACCUGAGUAUGUAGGAUAAGUGCCAAGACAUCUGCAA